AGUGGUGGUGAGGAGGCUGAUGGAGAUGCAGCAGCUGCCCCGCCAGCAGCAACAACAGCAGGGGCAGCAGUCGCAUUUCGGAGCAUCAGAGGAUGAGGACUUAGAGCAGAAACAGCAACAACCACAUAACCAGCCACAACAACCACACCAACCGCGGCGCCAAUAUCAUCAACACCAACAAGAACGACAGCAGCAAACCCUACAACCACCAGAAGAACAUCUCAAGGAUGCGGAAAUGAUGACCGAUAGGACAAGCGAGAAGCAACAGCAGCAAGAAAACUACCAGCAAAAACAAUCAGAAGAUACGGAUAAACAACUAACCAACGAUCAAGACGUAGACGAUGGGGAGAAUGACCAGGAGGAAGUUGAAGAUGAGGACGAAGACGAGGACGAUGAUGAUGGCACCAUUGUGGAGGACAGCGAUGCCACCAGCUGCAGCAGUUGUCGACGAGCCGAACUAGAGGAUAAUCAGCAAGAACAGCCGCCGACGUCAUCUCCCCAAAAGGAUCGGGAACACGUCACAUAGGGCCAUCUUCUUCCACAAAAUGGAGACAGGCUGCACAAGAGCACUUCAUUUUAGCUUGUCCAUCGGCUGCAAACAACACCGAUUGGUUGGUACAGAUUACGUCAUAUGCUCAGCAAAUAUAACUGAAGAAGCGGAAAAAUGUUCAAUAAGAAAGCGCUACUAGAACACACAAUAUACAUACCACAAGAAACAGAGGAACUUGUUUACAAGCACGAACCAACGAUAUUUAGUUUCAAAAUCACCAUUUCCCAUCCUAAGCCUCAGCAUGUUGAUAAUAUAGUUUAGAAUAAGCAAUUGGUUACCAUUUGGACUCGCAUUCGUUCCCCAUGAUUCAAACAUCUGUUGAAAUAUACGUUUAAUAAUUUCUUUGCAAAUCUUUUAUGUGCUGGAGCAUUGCUUGGACUUAUAAUUUACGUAUAAAACCUGCGCAAUUAAACAAUUGUUAACAAGAAAAGAA